AUGAGCAAAAUUUCUAAAGAAGCAUUUGAAUAUCUCAAUAAAAUGAGAUAAAAUCCUUAGAUCGCUAUCCCAAAGUUACAGGAACAUCUUAAGUUGUUUAAAGGAAAUGUAGUAUAUAAACCAGGAGAAAUUCCUUUACAAACUAAUGAAGGGCCAAAAGUUGUCAAUGGUUUAUAAUUUAUGCUAUUAAUAUCUCAGAAUGCAUCUAGUUCUUAUAGAAUCAAAAACCAGUUGGUCCAUUAACUUGGAGUAAGGGUUUGGAGUGUGCAGCAAGAGAUCAUGUAAAAGAUACAGGACCAAAAGGUGUUACAGGCCAUACCGGUACAGAUGGAUCAUCAAUGAGUGAUAGAAUAGAAAGAUAUGGUGAGUGGGAUGUGACAAUAGGAGAAAACAUCAGUUAUGGUCAAACAACUGGUGAAGAUGGUAAUAAUAUCCAUUUAUGAGCUUAGUCAUCAUUUAAUUGAUAAUUGAUGAUGGAGUAUCAUCUAGAGGACAUAGAAAAAACUGUUUUAAAGCAGAAUUUGGAGCAGUAGGUAUUUUUGAUGGUGAUCAUAAAUAAUUCAAAACCCAAUGUGUUUUUGAUUUUGCAGGCUCUUUCCAAGACAAAGCUGGCAUAGAUGCUGGUAGUGGAAAUACUUAAUAAGGAGUAGCACCAUAAAGAGAGGGAGGUCAAAGUGCCCCUAUGCAAUCCAAAGAAUAAGCAGCCCCUGCAAAAGCAUAAUCUAAAGAUCCCAAUGACAAAAUUGUCAAAGACGCUUUUGAUUAUUUGAAUUAAGUUAGAUAAAAUCCAACACUGCCCAUAACAAAAUUAUAGGAUCUGAUGAAGUUAUUCAAGGGUAACGUUCUUUAUAAGCCUGGAGAGAUACCAUUAUAAACAAAUGAGGGUACCAAAGUUAUCCAAGGUAUAAAUAACGAAUAAUUCUAUAGAAUUAAUUGCAUUUUUAUAAAAACAAUAGCCUUUAUAACCUUUGUCAUACGAAAAGGGAUUGGAACAAGCUUGUAUUGAUCAUGUGAAUGAUACAGGUCCAAAAGGUGUAUGUGGUCACACUGGUACUGAUGGAUCAUCUCUAUCUGACAGAAUUGAAAGGUAUGGAGAAUGGAAUGGCAAAAUUGGAGAGAAUAUCAGCUAUGGACAAAAGAAUGGGUAGGAUGUGAUCAUUCAAUUACUAAUUGACGAUGGAGUGAGUACAAGAGGACAUAGAAAAAACUGUUUUAGUCCUGACUUCUUCUUAGUUGGAAUUGCAGCAGGAGAUCAUAAACAAUAUUAAACUCAAUGUGUAUUUGAUUUUGCAGGUGAAUUCACUCCAAAGGGAGCAUAAGGAUAAAAGCCUAAAGCAUAAUAAUAAUCUUAACCCUAUAGCAUGAAAGAUUAAAUGAAGAAUAUGAUGUUAGGAGCCAAAGGUGGAAAUGAUGCUCAAGCCCCUCAAAAUUAGGAAGAAGGUAUCUUAUUAGAUUUAAUUUAGAAAAACUUCCGCCUGGAUGUGUUUCAGUUAGUACUUCAACUGCUGUCACUAUUAAGAAUGGGUAAAAAAUUACAAAAAUAACAAAGACAUAUAAAUUAAAAGAUGGAUCAAGCAAAACAUCAGUCUAAACUUUAACUGAAGGUUGA